AUGCCUGCAUUGGAGGUGAUCUGCAGCCUGAUUGGCUGGCUGUGCCUCUACCUGUUGUUCUGCUCCACCUUCUCUCACCGAGGACCCGAGUGGAACUGCCGCUUGGUCACCUUGACCCAUGGCGUCAUCAUGGUGCUGCUGACGGCAUACGUUGUGUUUGUUGACGGUCCCUGGCCCUUCACACAUGCAGGUACAGAAAACACUGACCUCCAGAUAUUUACCCUGGCAGUCUGCCUCGGCUACUUCUUCUUUGACCUGGGUUGGUGCGUGUGCUACCGGAGGAUGCCCGCCAGCAUCGUGGGCAUCCUCCUGGCGCUGCUGAUGGGCGUGUCGGGCUGUGAGACCUGCGGGGUGAUCUUCGGCAGCGAGAUCACCAACCCGCUGCUGCAGAGCCGCUGGUUCCUCCGCCAGCUGGGACUCUACGACAGCCUGCUGGGCGACGCCGUGGACCUGCUCUUCAUCCUGCUGUUCGCCAUGGUGCGCGUCGGCCUGGGGACCGUCAUGUUUUAUUGCGAGCUCACUUUGCCCAGGACUUUGCUGAUAAUGAAGCUUGGCGGCGUGGUCAUGUAUCUGCUGGCCUGGGUGUUCAUGGUGGACAUCGCCAGGUUCGGCUACAAGAAGACCACGUCCAAAUACAGGAAGUGGAUGGUGAACCGCGAGCUCAAAGAGACAAGCGAAGAAAAACCAGUUGGGCACGAAGAGUGAUUGAGAAGACUAACUCAACCGCUUUCACAUGUUUUUAACAGACGCUAAAUGAAUUUAUUUAUUUAUUUUAUCUGCGGUACAGUGGACUGCAACAUUUUUAAAGUCUGUGUAAAAACAAUUCUGAAAAACCUUGAUAAGUACAUUUAUUUUGCAAACUAAAUAAUGAUCUGACAGUGAGCAGAGCAUGCGCAUUAAGAGGUCCGACCUUUAGAGGAACUGCCAGCAGGGGGCGCAACUACAUACAUACUUUCCAAGGUGUAUGCGAACAUGUCAUCGCCCCCCCUGCUCCCUGACAUAAACUUGUAUAACUCAUUUUUAAUUAAAGUAUCAAUAAUAAUAAAUGUACAUAUAUGUGAAUAAAUUGUUGCCCUCAGGACAAUUAAAAAAAGAAUGAAA